UAGAGCAUUGCAAUGAUCUUGGAGGAUUGAUGGACAGCUGGUGAUCAUCUCAGUUGAGUGCUGUGCACCUAAGACUCUGCAUCUGACCAAAAGAAUCUGGAAAAGGCCAAAUGUCAGCCAGCCACACAGAUGGCAUAGGUCCCAGGUGGACGGAAAGCUCUGGGAAGCUCAGAAGAGGGAAGUGAACAAGAGACGGGUAUUCUGCAUGAGGGAAUGCAGAGUUCAUAUACAUUCGCAGGAGAGAACCCUGCUAGUGGGGGCACAGGGCGAGAGCAGAGUUGGACUCAGUCCCCAGCCAGGGACUUGCAACCUCACUGUCCAGCAGGGGCCGCCCUGGGCCAGAGCUCCCCGGACCCAGGCGCCUGUGGGAGGGGAGGGGAGGGGAUGAGAGCGCAGGGCCAGGAGAGGAGAGAGGAUCGGGUUGACUUUGUCAUCACAGCCCAGGCCAGCAGGAGGGACUGGCUAGUGGGAGGGGUUUCACUGCAGCAGAGCAGCGGCGGCGGCAGCGGCGGCAGAGGGAAAGGCAGUGCUGGGCUGGGAUGGAGCAGAAGCUCUCUGGGCACCGCAGGGCAGACCACUGAGUGCUCUCGCUGCCCCAGACCGGAGCCUUCUAGACUGUGCACGGAGUGCCUCGGAGACGCGGAGCAGAUCUCUCAGGACCAGGGAAGGAACCUGCCUCCCUCGGCCAGCCUCUCUUAGGGGGGCCUCUCUCCACGCAGGAGGAGGAGCUGAGCUCCCUGCGGAGCCCAGGCCAGAGCCCCAGAGGUACCAUGGUCUGCCACACUCUCUUCACCCUGCUCGUCUUCGCGACAGGUUUAAGAGUACAGAGUCUGCCUAUAACAACCACCUUUCCUGUUUCUCUUCCGGAAAAACUGACCACAUUACCUCCUACCUGGACCAAUCCACCACAAAAUACUGUUGAUGUUAGCACCUCCUCCAGCAAUAACACACAGAAUAACUCGUCAUUAACAGUGACAUUGUCAGCUGAGACAACUCCACUUCCUAGAAACAUAUCAGUAACAUCAAGAGACCCAGAAAGCACCAGCAAAGUCUCCAGACAAGAAUCAGUAGUUACCACUAUUGGUCAGGAAGGGAAAGGAACAGAGCAGAACCAAUCCUUGCCCACAAUAUUACCAACGAGCAGCCAAGACCAGUUCACAACCACAGUUGCAGAACUCAAUUCUACAAUUCCAGAAGUCAAUAAUGGUACUGAAACUCUAAGUACAAUUUCCCCUUCUCCAUCAGACAUAGCAUUAGUCACCUCCCCUCAGGCAUCAGUCUCACCUUCUUCAUCACCAUCUUGGUUGCCACCAAAAGUGUCUCCAACAAGUAUAGUUACAGAUCCCAUUACAGCUGAAAAUACAACCCACCAGGAGGAGGGUGAAAGAUCCUUGGGAACUCCCACAGCUACAACCCUUGGAGCUGAACACACUCCUAAUGAGCCAACAACACACCCGAGGUCAUCUGGGCCCAUGACAGAAGAGACAACUUCCCAAGUAACUGUGCCAAACUAUGAGGUGGAGGGCACUGACAGUGGUACAGUGUCUCCUCGGAUAAUCAUGGAAGAAGUUGAACAUGCAUUAAGUUCAGGAAGCAUUGUAGCCAUUACUGUGACAGUAAUUGCAGUGGUAUUGCUGGUAUUUGGAGUAGCAGCCUAUCUGAAGAUCAGACAUUCUUCCUACGGAAGGCUGCUAGAUGACCAUGACUACGGAUCCUGGGGCAAUUACAACAACCCACUUUAUGAUGACUCCUAACAGAGGAACACAGAAUGGGACAAGACAUAUUAUGUUCUUUAAUUUAAAAGUGCUUCUUCAGUAGCAUUAAUGCUAAUUACCUGAUAUGCAUCCAGUGACAAUCCUGUGACCUGUUUUGUUGGUUUAUUGUUUGUUUUUUAUUUUAAUUUUCCUUCUCUUCCAGUUUCUGCUUCCCCUCUCUUUGAAAAACAAAACAAAACAAAAAAGCUGUCAUUUUUAAGUGAAUCCAAACUGAAUCUCAACUGAAUGAGACAAUACGGAAGCUCAGACCACCUUGGCUGCUUUGGAGAGGAAAUGUCCUUUUGGGGAGCAGGGAUGGCUUUUAUGUAGGAAAAUCAUUUAAUCUCCCCAAAAGAAAGCCAGAGGAAAUGAUCAUGAGAGGAUAUUUCAUCUGCAGAAAGCCAUGUUUCUGCAAUUCCUUUUUAAUCUCUGUUUAUCUGGUCCUGGAUCCCAGCUGCAGCUCUACAGAAAGGGUUGCAGGCUCUUUCAUCUCCUAAUUAAGGAAUGAUCAAAAUAGAAAGUGCAUGAAAGGAGGGAGCCUGCUGAGGGGCAGAGUUAACAAGUGAGUUUCAGAUCCUGACGUGUUCCUAGAUUCUCUGCUUCACAGGGUAUCUCAGAUUAAGGAUGCCAAAGACAGCCAACUUCUGUUGGAAAAGCACAUGUGUUUGCAGCAUGUUCAUGGGCCAAAGGAGGGUCCUUUAAGGGGAGCUUAGUUCUGGGGAGGGAGAGAAGUGGGAAGGACCAGCCCAGCUGGAGUUGUGGGAGUAUUUCAGGGUGAGUGAAUAUUUGGGUAAGGAAAGUUGGGGUAGAAAUGCAGAAAAGACAGUAUCAGAGAAACCUCUGGAUAAGCUGUCGGCUACCAUUUCCCUGAAAGAGUCCACAAAAUCCUUUCCAUGGACCCUUGAGGUAGCUGAUCAUAGCCUAGUUGUCUUUUAGCAACUGCUAAAUUAGCUGCAGAUACAUUCUGAAGGCAUCUCUUCAAUUUCUCAGCUACACAUCUUUCUAGAUAAGGAAUUUACAGUGUGAUCAACUCAUGCCCAGUUCCUGAACUCUUAUUCACUGUAUGGACAAGACAGAGCAUGUAUUUAUUUCCUGCAUGAUAAGAAACUUGAUUAAAUACCAGCACCCUUUAAAGAAAAUGGAACCAUGAUAGGAUAAUGCUCACUUGGGCAAAAUGAGGCCAACACAAAUAAAUAGUAUUUUUUUAAAUAGCAGUUAUUUCCUUGCUACAGCUCUUAUCACCAUACCAACCUUUAUAAGUGUCCAUAUCUUGGUGUGAUACAAACAUACUUUCCAAACCUGUCAUCACCUCCUUUCCUGUGAUGAGUGCAGAGAAGAUGCUUUUAUUAUAUAUUUAUUAAAACCUACUUUGUGCCAGGCACUAUGCUAAGUUCUGGAGAUACAAAAAAAUAGUCCCUGCUCUCAAGGAGCUUACAGCCUAACCUGUUUGAUGUACAGGAACACUGUGUGUACUGCACCCCUAAGCAAUGACAAUGGGCAGCCACCUACUCUACAUUCUUCCUCCAGAAGUGGAGUUGUUCCCUAACCUCCCGAAUGCCAAAAGAGAAUGUUCUACUACCACAACCUAUGCUAGAGGUGUUUAGUAGGGCUAGUAGGGAUAAAGAGGAUAGGAGCUCCUUAUUAGAGGGUAGAGAUUAUUUUAUUAAAAGGCAACAGGAAACAAAGAACCUCUAUCCUCCAUCUAUCUAAUGAUUUUUAAAAAAGCAUUCCCCCAUUUGAUCUUCUCAUAUUGAUAGUUUUCCCAUUUCUUAUCAGCCAUGAAACUGCUUGCAUAGUGUCUUUAUAGCAAAAGGGCUCGUAUGGCUAUAGUUCCUCUUACUCAUCUCUCUACUCCUACUUCUUUCUCUCAAGCCUCUCCUGUCCAAUGACAUCCACUGUUCUAAAUAUAACAUGAAGCACCUUUGUCUUUAUGUCCCCAACACUUAGCCCUAUGCUUGCCAUGUAUUAGGUGCUUAAUAAGUUGGCAGUUAGCUAAUUUAUUCAUUGACUCCCAGAGGUCUUGACCAGUUGGGGAACAGGGGAGGAAUUCAAGAAGCCCGCUCUGGGAAACACAAGACUAUGUUACAAGGAAAUUCACUUAAGUGGCCCAUGUAGCAUUUUAACCAAGAGGUAUUAGAUCUUCAGGAUACUGGAUAAAUCCAGAGAUGGAAGGCAGCUUUACAAUAAAUAGCACUAGCAUCUAAUAGAACCAGAAAACAUCUACCGUAGGAAGUGACACUUGAAUUACAUCUUGAGGAAGGCAAGGGAUUCUGAGAGUUGGAGGUUAGGAGGGAAAGCCUUCCAGGCUCAGAAGCUAGAGGAUUCAGCCACUGUAAUGGCUGAAAAAAGGUGAGAGAUGGAAUGCACGUGGCCAGAAUAGUUGAACCAUAGAUAGAGUACAUGGAGGGAGAUUAUAUGUUAGAUGACUAGAAAGGUAAGGAAGGGGCCAUGUUGGGAAGAGGUUAAAGUGGCAAAUAGAGAAGUCCAAAAGGCUUUAGAGAGCCAUUUUGAAAUGUCUAAGAACUUUGAGAAAACCAUUCUGGAAGCUAUGUGGUUGAUGAAUGAGAAUGGGAAACAACUUGAAGUAGGAAAGCCAAUUAUAUUCCAGAUUAUAGUCCAGAUGAAAGGUGAUGAGUGCCUAAAUUAGUUUGGAGGCUAUGCGAAUGGAGAAAAGGGAAUAUAUGCAGUUGAUGCAGAGAGAGAAAUGACUGGACUUAGCAAUUCAUUUGAACUGAUUGUGAGAGGUGAUUGAGAGAGGAGUCAAGAAUGACCCUGAGAUUGAGAAUCUGGGUGACCAGGAGGAUGAUGAUGUUCUUCACAGUGAUAGGGAAGUUCAAAAGAUGGGUACAUUUAAGAGGAAAGAUCAUGAAUUCCAUUUUAGACACACUAAGCUUGGGAUAGUCAUGUGGAGUCCUAUGAACAAUAGAAUUCAGGAAGCAUCAUUUUUCUUACCAGUCAAGCUGUCAGUCAAUAAUCAAGUAUAAAGCAAGUACUAUGUGCUAGGCACUGUGCUAAAGAUUGGUGAAGGAAAGAAAGGUGAAUGUUGGGCUUUGCUUUCAAGACACUCACAGUCUAAUGGAUGACAACAUGUAAACAAUAUCUAGAUAUACGGUUGGUGACAGUCAACAGAGGGAAGGCACUAGCAUGGAGGGAUAUUGGAAAAGACUCUUGCAGAAAAGACUCUGGCUAAGAGUUGAAGGAAGCCAGGAAAACUGAUCACCGCAAAGGAGAACGUUGCAAGUUCUCAAAAAAGGGAGUGGGAGGCAGACAGGUAGACCUCAGCCUGAAUGACUGCUUCUCAUAGAAAUCCUGAUAAUAAUUCUCCCUAUUGUCAUCAUGUGAAAAACUGGACUUAAUCAUAAACAAUUUCAUCACUGUUGGUGUAUUUUAAGUGAUCUUGUCAAAGAAAUGGAGCCAGUCCAUGUUAAUUGCUAUGACUGACUGAAGGAGACAGGCUUUUAGCUUCUCUUCACCAGAAAAAGAACAUUGUCAGUGCAAUUGGGUGAUAAAUAGUACAAAGUAUGAAGGGAAUCAUUAGCAUGAGACAUCGUGCUAUUUAUUAAAUAGGCAGACAGGUUGGCCUGCCUUGGUCUUUGAGUCACAGGAGAAAUGAAUGCUUUUUUUUGACAUAUUCUAUGUGACCCUGCCCAAGUUGCCCACCUUCCAUGGAUCUGUGCUUGUUCUUCUGGUUCCUUCCUCCCCCAUGGCCUCACAGAUAAAUUGUGAAGAUGAAUGAGGUCUCAUCUCCUAUGUGCUUUUAGCCUCUGCAGAAAAGGACUAUAACUACUAAGUAUUAUGUAGGCAUGCAUGUGGUUCAAGUUUCUCAUUUGCUGAUCCAUAAAUCUCUUGCUCCUUCUUCCAGUUGCAAAACCAUAGCUUUAACCUGGCAUUAUCUGAAAGCCAUCAUGGCUAGGUCCUCCCCUCAUACAAUAGAUUGCUGGGAUGCCACUGCUGGGCACUGACACCAUUAGGAUUCCAGUCCCUAGCUUCAAAUGGAAAUGUGGCUUCAUGGAACAUGAUCAACAUGUCAGGGUCCAGGGAUACCACAACAGCAUAGAAAGGAGACCUAAGCCCCAAGGACAGUUGAGCUACAGACCUGAACAUCCCGUCUUCUGCCUAACCUAACCCUUGUUGAGAUUUCUUUGGAUUCCAUAUCACCUGUUAGUCCUUCAUUGUUCUCACAUAGAUGCAUGACUAGAUCCUCUUCCUCUCAAAAGAGGAAAGAUCAUAGCUGGACCAGAUGCUAAUUUGUACAAUAAUUCACCUUCUUUGCCUUUAAUCUUCUUUGUCAAAUGAAUGUAUCACUCACACCUUGCUUUUAAAAUUCGUGGUUGUAAUGGAUGAUGGAGCAAACCAAACAAAUAAAAAACUGGUUUAUUUUUCUUGGGGUGGGAAAAACUAUCCUUGAAAGCUGGGAACACAAGCAGGCAAGUUGAUUGGAUAUUUGAUGUCAUUGUAACCACAUUUGUCAUAAGAAAUUCCACAUACCAAUUAUUAUCGUACCCAUUAAAGUUGUUUUAAUGCUUG